AUGGCUGUGUAUUACAAGUUCAAGAGUGCUAGAGACUAUGACUCGAUUCCGAUCGAGGGGCAAUUCAUCUCUGUUGCCAACUUGAAGGAGCGGAUUUUUGAGUCCAAGCAUCUUGGCAGGGGCACAGAUUUUGACCUUAUGAUCUCAAAUGCUCAGACCGAUGAAGAGUACGCUGAUGAGGCCACUAUGAUACCAAAAAAUACGUCAGUAUUGAUUCGGCGGAUACCAGGACGACCAAGGAAGCCUAUUGUCACAGAACCUGAAGAGUCAAAAGCUGCAGAAGAUGGUGUAGAAGAAGUCAUGCCCACUGCGAGUGCUUUUCUUGGUGAUUCAUCUAUGAAAUAUCCUGAAGAAUCUGAGUGGGAUGAUGAGUUUGGCAACGAAUUAUAUGUUUCUGAUUCGGUUCCUUCUCAGCCUGCUUGCCAGGCGGUUGAUGAUUCUGAAAACAAAGUUGACGAGGAUAGUAAAAUAAAAGCACUUAUUGAUACAUCCGCCCUUGACUAUAGCCAAAUCCCUGAUGGUUAUGGUUCUGGAAGAGGCUAUGGUAGAGGGAUGGGUGGCAGAAUGAUGGCUGGCCGUGGCUUUGGACGGCUGGAACGCAGGACACCUCCUCCAGGUUAUGUUUGUCACAGAUGUAAAGUACCUGGUCAUUUUAUUCAACAUUGCCCCACAAAUGGUGAUGCUAGAUAUGAUGUGAAAAGGAUGAAACCCCCAACUGGUAUUCCAAAAUCAAUGCUAAUGCAAACUCCGGAUGGCUCAUACGCACUACCAAGUGGGGCUGGUGCUGUUUUGAAGCCAAAUGAAGCUGCUUUUGAGAAGGAGAUAGAGGGCCUACCUACCACACGUUCUGUUGGUGAUCUUCCACCAGAGCUACGCUGCCCAUUGUGCAAAGAAGUAAUGAAGGAUGCUGUUCUAACUAGUAAAUGCUGCUUUAGGAGUUUCUGUGAUAAAUGCAUCAGGGAUUACAUAAUUAAUAAGUCAAUGUGUGUCUGUGGUGCCACAAGCAUAUUAGCCGAUGAUCUUCUCCCUAAUAAAACUCUAAGAGAAACCAUCAGCCGCAUAUUAGAGGCACCACCAACUAGCAGUACGGAAAAUGUGGGAAGCAUGGUGCAAGUACAGGACAUGGAGUCAGCUCUACCUGUGCAACCUAAGCUUAGGUCUCCUGCUGUUUCUGCUGUUUCAAAGGAAGAGGCUAAAGCAUCCACACCUGUAGAAGAGUCUCCAGGUGCUGAGAGCCUCAAUGGAGCAAAAGCUACAAAUAUCGAUGCGAGUUCUUCAGAUAAGAAAGCCACAACAGUUCCGGAUAUUGCUGAAGGGACCAUGGAUUCUAAGAAAGCGAAAGAAGAUAAACCAGUAGAAACAACUCCAUUGGCAAAAGAUUCUCAAGAAAAGUUGCCUGCAGGGGAACAAGCGGUGAAGAAGAAGAAAAAGAAGAAGCCACGUGUUCCCGGAAAUGCUGAGGAGCAAUGGAAAAAUUUUCAAGAUUUUGGAGCUGAAAAUUUUUCGGGAAUGCCCUUGGGUCCAACUGGAACAUUCAACCCUUACUGGGGCGGAGGAGUGCCAUUGCCAAUGGAUUACAUGGGUGCACCGUUUCCCGGUCCCAUGCCCUACAUGGGUUAUCCACCAGGUCCAUUUGACCCUUUUGGUGGGGGUGUUCUCCCACAAGAUCCAUUUAUGCCCCCAGGAUACAUGAUGCCAGGAGUUCCUAGGGAUCUUUCUGAAUUGGCUGUUAACACUAUGGGACUAAACAUGGUCCCGCCAGUUGUGAGCAGAGAAGAAUUUCAUCCCAGGAAACCUGAACAUAGGAGACGUGAAAUGGAUCGGUUCAAUGAAAGGGAAAGAGAGCGUGACCGUUCUCGAGAGCGGGAGCGGGAGCGGGAGCGGGAGCGGGAGCGUGGUCGUUCCCUUGAGAGGGAGAGGGAGAGGGAGAGGGAGCGGGAGCGUGGCCGAUCCCUGGAGAGAGAACGAGAACGAGAGCGGGUGCGGGAGCAGGAGCGUUCCCGGGAGGGUGACCGUGAGCGGCAGCGAGCCAGGGACAGGGACUCCCGCAGAGAGGCCAGGGCAUCACCAGGGGCCAUUACUGAUAGUACCUCGAUGAGGCAGAAGGAUAGAUCGAGGUCCCAGCCGGACAGAUCGGAGCGUGGCCCGCCGCCGCCGUCCAGCCCCGACCGGCAGUCGCGUCGCUCCUCCGGCUCCGGCAAGAAGCGCUCCUCCUCCGACCGCUACGACGACAUCCAGCUCCCACCUCCCCCGCCGCCGGCGUCGCGGCACGAGGCCGAGCCCGCCGAGGCACCCGCGGCGUCGUCGAAGUCUAAGGCCAGCGUCUUCUCCCGCAUCAGCUUCCCCGGAGACGGCGCCAACCCUUCCGACGCCAAGCGCAGCCGCAGGGCCUCCGACAAGCCCCCCGCGCACUCCUCUUCCUCCUCCAAGAAGAGCGCCGCGGCAGAGGGCGGCGGCGACGGCCGCGGCCAUCGCCACCACCACCAGAACCACCGUGAGGCCGCCGCAGAGGCGGAGGAGGAGAAGCGUAGGCCCGCCGCGGGCGACUACUACGGCGGCGCGGACGAAGAGGAGAGCGAGGAAGAGGAGCAGCACUUCAAGCGACGGCCGUCCUCGUCCUCCCGGCGCGAGCGCGAGCAGGAGGCCCAGGAAGAGCAGCCGCGGCACUCGCGACGGUCCAGGGACCACAAGCGCCGGUGA